CGGUCAAGACAAAGGAAUCGAUUUUCAAUAAAUCGAAAGGCGGCAGAAGAUGUGGCGGAAAAUCAAUACAAUAAUUUUUAAAAAUAAAUAGAGGCCGGUUUUUUUUUAACAAAUAACUUUGUGAAAAUGUGUGUGGAAACGCGGGAGCGAGGAAAUUAGAAGAAAGAGCGGCAAAUAUAUGGGAAAAAAGCUGUUGAAAGCCUUAGCUACAACAAAAAUUAAGAAAAAAGAAUUAAAAAUAAAAUAAAAAGAAACAUAAUAUUUUAAAUAAUAUUUCUGAAUAAAUUAAAAAAAAAAAAAACAAUCGAAAAUAUAUCCACGAUGGGAAGAGAUCGACUGCCUGAGCUUUUACAGCGCUCAUUGAGCACGAACUCCUCGAAUUCGUCGUCCAAUGGUUCACUGCUCCUGAACGUGUACAGUGGAACCACGGAGUUCAUCGCCAACAACACCGGCGGCGGCAACAAUAGCUACAGCAUUGUCGGCCAGAACAACAAGAACAACAAUAGUAGCGAGGCCAAGGAUCGGCUGAGUUCCAAGAUGACGCAGUAUGGAACGAAUGUGGACGAUAUACUCAACCCGUACACGGAGAUUCGCCAUCAACUGGCACAGAUAGCCGGCAAUUUGGAGGCCAUGAACCGCAUGUCCCAGACCAUUAAUCUGCGAACGUUUAAUGAAAACGAGAUGGAUGAGCUGCACAACAAAAACCUGAGACUGGGCAACACGCUGAUGACGAGAUUCAAGGACUUCAAGGCGAAUCUGCCAGCGGAGAACGACUACAGUUUGGAGGCGAGGAUGAAGAGGACCCUCUUCUACGGCCUCCACCAGACCUUCAUCAAUCUCUGGCAUAAAAACGAACUCUUCCUGCAGAACUACGAGACCAAAGUCAAAAAGAAUCUGAGACUGCAUACGAAAAUCAUUAAUUCAGAAGCCAGCGAACAAGAAAUCGAGUUACUCAUUGAGAACAAGACAACAAAACUCUUUGUGGAUAAUUUCCUGCAGGAGACGGAGAAGGAGCGGCAGACACUGCGCGAAAUGAUGGACCGGUUCAACGAGCUGCGCCGCCUGGAGAAGUCCAUCGAGGAGGUGCACGCCCUGUUCAUGCGCAUCCAGACCCUGGUGAUGGAGCAGAGCGAGGUGAUCCAGCGGGUGGAGUUCCACGCCCAGCAGGCCACCCUCUACGUGGACAAGGGGGCGGACGAACUGGACCAGGCGGAGCAGCACCAGAAAAGGGCGCGCAAGAAAAAAAUAAUCCUCAUCGCGAUACUUGCAGCCAUUUUGUUAGUAUUACUAUUUGUUGGUAUUUAUUUGUGAUGCAUGUGAAACAAUUUUUUUUUGCUUAUUUUUAAGAAGUACUUUUAAGAAAAUAAAAUUUAGAACCACAGG